GUAUGUUAAGUGAGUAAAUCUAGGUUAAGUGUGUCCGAGUGGGGGAAAAAAUUGUGAAACUUCAUCUUUGCUUCACGAACGCCGCGCGGAGAGACCCCCACCUUGCCUCUCUCUCUCUCUCUCACGCGAACCCCCUCGCCGCCGUCCGCUGCUCGGAGCCGCUCUGCCCCCGCCGCCCGCCCUCGCAUCCGCGCCGCCUCUGCCCGCCGUCAACCGCCUAUAAGAGUACAAACAAUGGGACUGCCAAAUGCUGCUUCUGGCGACUUGUCGUCAGAAAUGGAAGUUGAUGCUUUUAGACGACUGUUUCCAAUUCAGUUUUAUGAGCGCCAUCUUGCGGAAUCAAUACGUCCUGAUGGAAGAGGUCUGGGAAAAGCUAGAGACACAACCAUUGCUCUUGGACCAGUAUCAUCUGCAAAUGGGUCAGCCCUGGCUAAGAUUGGUUCGACGACAAUGUUGGCUGCUAUUAAGAUGGAAGUAAUGACGCCUUUUAUAGAGUCACCGGAUGAGGGUUGCAUAGCUAUUGAUUUCCACAUGCCUCCAAUAUGCUCUCCAAUUGUUAGGCCUGGGAGACCAGCUGAAGCAGCACCUGUGAUUUCAAAGCAGUUAUCUGACACUAUUUCGAGUUCUGGGAUGAUUGAUCUGAGAGAACUAUCUAUUGUAAAAGGAAAAGCUGCUUGGAUGGCUUACUUGGACGUUUACUGUUUGGAUGCUGAUGGAUCUCUUUUUGAUGCUGCACUUCUUUCUGCAGCUGCCGCAUUUUCUCACUUGCGAAUCCCUGUUGUUGCUCUAAAUGAUGAUGGAAAAGUAAUAUUUGUCUCCGAGGAAGAGGGGGGAGAAAACUUUGAGAAGGAACCUGUCAAUAAAGAGAGAAGGAAACUGAAAUUGAACUCUAUUCCUUUCUCAUUAACAUGCCUACUCCACAAGAAGUACAUCUUGGCUGACCCUACUGCGGAGGAGGAAUCUGUCAUGGAAACUAUUGUAACCGUGGUUUUGGAUUCAUCUGGUCAACUGGUGUCCUUCUACAAACCGGGUGGAUCCGUUCUUGCUUAUACAUCAGCUGUUCAGGGUUGUUUGCUAUGCUUAUGGCUGUUUUAUUAUCACAGUAGAGUUUUAUUGGACUGGUAUGCUCUUGCUCAAGGUCUUUCAAAACUUUUUCAAGCCAGAUCUCUUCACAGAUUCCCAGACUCAUGGCCCUGUAGUCUGCCUCAGCAUUGCUUUUGGCAACGAUACCUUGUUUUUUGCUUCUCCAUGUAACAAGAUUGCCCCACACAAAGGAUUGCGUUGCCUUGACCCGACAAAGAUCAAAGGAACUACAGAUGAUUUUAGAUGAAGCAAUUUCUGGUAUGGAAAUUGACUAAGUUUUGGGGAGGCUUUCUAUCUCUUCUACUGGUUUUCAUUUAAUGAAUUGAAUGGUGGAUGGGUUGUAGGCUUCCAAUUAUACUUGUUUGGUUGCCUCCAGAAUUUUGGUGAUAAUAUUUAUUUGGGGUGGGCGCGCUCUAGAGGAAUCAAUUUUUUUGUAGGGGUCUGAUUUCUAUGCCCAAAUAUCUCUUUAUUUAAUUUCAAGGUUAAUUUCACUUUUUAUUUGCAUCUACUUGAUAACAUUGGAACCUAACUGUUAUAGUGCAUGUGGGUGCUUUGCCUUUACAUUGGUUCAAAUGUACCUAUUGAUUUUAUUUA